AUGCUCGUCACCGCGCGCUUCCACCUGCAGUGUCAGAGCAUCGGACUCUCCUCCGCCUCUCCUCUGUAUCUCACCAUGUUGGGCGCCCUGGACCAAAAAGAAGAGGUCUUCUGCUACCCUCACCUGAACUACUCGUGCAGGAAGCCCACUCACCCGUAUGUGCAGGCCAUGAUCAAAUAUGUGCUACUGUCGUGUAUCUCUGUCAUCACUGUGGCUCUCAACCUGCUUGUCAUCAUCUCCAUCGCUCAUUUCAGGCAGCUCCACACUCGCACUAACCUCCUCCUCCUCUCCCUGGCUGUCUCCGACCUCUUAGUGGGCCUGAUCUUGAUGCCUGUUGAAAUCAUUUACAUUGAAAGUUGCUGGAAUCUUGGCGACAUGGUUUGCAGCACCUACUACCUUAUUGAAUAUAUCAUCAAAUCUGUAUCAGUAGCCAACAUGGUGCUUAUAUCUUUUGAUCGAUACAUCGCCAUAUGUUACCCUUUAAACUACUACACCGAAGUGACCACGGAAAAGACAAAGUUGUGUGUUUUACUGUGUUGGUCUCUAUCUAUCCUUUACAGAAUAGUGGUAAUGCAUGAUCCGUUAGAACAUCCUGGUAUGUCCAACUCUUGUGCUGGUGAAUGUGUGGUUAUUAUUAAUAACAUAUCUGGUGCAAUUGAUCUUGUAUGCACUUUUAUCAUUCCUAUCCUCAUCAUCAUCAUCUUAUAUUUGAGGGUUUUUGUGGUGGCUGUGUCGCAAGCCCGUGCACUGCGUUCCCACAUUUCAUCUGUAACCAUGCCACAGUUGGGAAAUGUGACAGCAAAGAUGAAGGAACUUAAAGCGGCCAGAACUUUAGGUAUAGUUGUGGUUGUUUUUUUGUGUUGUUUCUGUCCCUACUAUGUUCCCAGUCUGGUGGGUAAGGAUACUGCAGUGGACGCCUCCUCAGUUGACGUGGAGAUUUGGUUGGUUCAUUUUAGUUCAUGUCUCAACCCUGUUAUCUAUGCAUUUUUCUAUCCAUGGUUUAGAAAGUCAAUCAAACUCAUUCUGACAAUGCAGAUAUUAAAGCCUGGAUCCAGAGACUGGAAAGUAGCAGACAAUAUGUGA